AUGGCAAAGACGGUCAAGAAGAAGGAGCACGAUACAGACGACCGGCACACACAGGACGAGGGCUCGAAAGGGCGGCUGAGAGAGCGAUUUAGAAAGGAGAAAGAGAAAAUCAAGGAACGUAUCUUGAUCAAGGUCCGGACGAUUAUCAAGAAAGAACCGCAAGUGAAGGAGGAUGAGGAUUUGCCGGUCAAAAACGAACCGGACACCAUCAAAAAAGAACCGCAAGUGAAGGAGGAAGUAAAGGUCAAGGAGGAACCAAAGGCCAAGGAAGUACAGAAACCCAAGGCGCAACCGAAAACCAACGUGAAACCCAAAACCACGGAGCAGCCGAAGAUCAAGGAGGAACCCAAAUCCAAAGAACCAAAGAUCAAAACAGAACCAUCCGUCGAGCAAGAGGAGCCCACAACCAGCGCAACACACACCGUCGAGAAGCACAAGCCGAACAAGGGCAAACAUCGCAGGCGCGACGAUGUCCUCCCGGUCGAAGACGACGACGGCAACGAACAUCUCCUCCUUCCCAACAACUUCGCGGAUUUCGAGCGCGAGCGCGACCGCCUGGCGGCAGCGUCCACCAGGGAGAUCCACAACGUGUGGACAUUGACGGAGGAGCUGGGCAUCGCGGACUUGAUGAACCUGGGCUACGACAAUGACGCGCAGGCACUGAUGACGCUCUACAAUCGGAGGUGGGCUGGCAGGCGCAUCGGGCUUCUGACACCAGGGUCGGAGCCGGAAAAUGAUGUGUGGAUCACCUUGAGGCGCAGAGAGCUGCAUGAGAUUGAGGCGAUGAUGGAGCAGCUGAAGGAGGACAGGGAUGCGCAGUUUAUUGCGGACUAUGGGACUGAGGUUUAG